AUGUCGAACAACGUCGACUUUCUUGGCCGCGCUGUCAAUACCGUCAAGCAGGCCAUUGAGGCUGACAAUGCGGGCGAGUACGAGAAGGCCUUCAACCUCUACAAGCAGUCCCUUGAGGUCUUCGUCCUCGCCAUCAAGUACGAGAAGAAUGCAAAGUCCAAGGACCUCAUCCGUGCCAAGACCGCCGAGUACAUGGACCGCGCCGAAAAGCUGAAAAAUCACCUCAACGAAGCAGAAGCCAAAAAAGCAUCAGGGGGCAAAGGCGCCGUUGGCGCCAAUGGCAAGGGCAAGGAGGACAAGGACGGCGAGGAUGGCGAGGACAAGAAGCUGAAGAACGCGUUGAGCGGCGCCAUCCUCCAAGAGCGCCCCAACGUGCGCUGGGAGGAUGUCGCCGGCCUGGAGGCAGCGAAAGAGACUCUCAAGGAGGCCGUUGUCAUACCGAUCCGCUUCCCCAGUUUGUUCCAGGGCAAGAGGCAGCCGUGGAAAGGUAUCCUGCUAUAUGGGCCACCAGGAACCGGUAAGAGUUAUUUGGCCAAGGCGGUUGCGACGGAGGCGAACAGCACCUUCUUCAGUGUCAGCAGUUCUGAUCUCAUCAGUAAAUGGAUGGGCGAGAGUGAACGGCUUGUCAAGACCCUCUUCGCCAUGGCUCGCGAGAACAAGCCGGCCGUCAUCUUCAUUGACGAAAUCGACGCCCUCUGCUCGCCUCGUGGCGAAGGCGAUUCCGAGGCAUCGAGGCGUAUCAAGACAGAGCUGCUCGUCCAAAUGGACGGCGUCGGUAAGGACAGCAAGGGUGUUCUAGUCCUAGGCGCGACCAACAUUCCCUGGCAGCUCGACUCUGCUAUUCGACGACGAUUCCAGCGACGUAUUCACAUCGGUCUUCCCGACGCACCAGGCCGCGCGAGCAUGUUCAAAAUUUCAGUUGGCGAUACAGAAACAGACUUGACGGCAAAUGACUACAAUGAGUUGGCCAAGUCGAGUGAGGGAUACUCGGGCAGUGACAUUGCGAACGUGGUACAGCAUGCGUUGAUGAGACCAGUGGCGAAGAUUGUGCAGGCGACGCACUACAAGGAGAUCAUGGUCAACGGUGUAAGGAAACUGACACCAUGUUCACCCGGAGACCCAGCGGCGAAGGAGAUGAGCUGGCAUGACGUACAGUCGGAGGAGCUUGAGGCGCCAUCAGUGGAUGUUAAGGACUUCAAGAAUGCCCUGAAAGAGACGCCACCAACCGUCUCUAUGACAGAUGUUGUUGCGCAUACGAAAUGGACGCAGGAGCUAGGAAGCGAGGGCGCAUGA